AUGAAGAUCUACACAGACUACAAUAGACGGGCCCAUGUAAUAGACGCUGCAGACAGUAACUCCUCGAACUGGAUGAGGUACGUGAACUGUGCUAGACAUUGGAAGGAGCAGAAUCUACUCGCUUAUCAGUAUAAAGGACAACUUUACUACAGAACAAUAAAAAUAAUUCCUCGUUUCACUGAGUUGAUGGUAUUCUACGGUAGCGAGUUCGCUAACGCCCUCCAUAUCAACUUGACUAAAUACAAUAAUACUAAAUAUUAUGGAGAAGUUACCCGUACACCAAACCCACUUCGGACCAAAAAAACAGUAGUAACAAAAUGUCAGGAGUUUCUCACUGAAGAACAUUUCGAUAUAAUCGACGAAGAAAUCGAAAAUAAUGACUCAAAUCAGACUUUAUCUGGAAUGAACACCAAAACGAUUGAAUUAAAAAACUUAGAAGUAUCAGAAACUAAAUUGGAAGACGCGGUGGCAGCUAUAACUAACAUUGACUUGGACUGA